UUGACAAUUUUGACAUACUCUGACAUAACCUCUUUAGAUGUUGAGCUUAUUUCAAAUUUGGUGAAUAAAAUAUAGGGAAUAAUGGCUCUAAAAGCUUAUACAUUUGGGAGAAUAGCAAAAUACUUGGCGGAUACCACGCUGAGACCAAAUCUAACGAUCAAAACUUUCAGACCAUCCGUUCGUGCGCUCAGUGCAGAGAAGCCAGCCGAGUCGGAGUCAAAUGACAAGCUCCCGGCCACCAUAGAGGAAUGUCAUAAACAAAUUGAAAGUUUGACUAAUGAAGUUAAUUCUAUUAAAGAACAAUUCAAUGACAUUAAUGACAAAUACAAGAGAGCGUUAGCGGACGGCGAGAAUGUACGGAAGAGGAUGUUGAAACAAGUCGAAGACGCCAAGUCCUUUGCCAUACAGAGCUUCUGCAAGGAUCUGCUAGAGGUAGCAGACACAUUGACGGCUGCAGCAGAGAGCAUACCAGAGGGAGCGGGGGCAGAGGCCGAGGGCGGCGCCCUACGAGCCCUGCACGACGGUGUGCGACUCACGAGGGCUCAACUAGGACAGGUGUUCGCGCGGCACGGCCUGGUCCCGGUGUCUCCCCUCCGCGAGAAAUUCGACCCGAAUCUACAUGAAGCAUUAUUCCAGCAGGAAGUGGAGGGCGCCGAGUCAGGCACAGUGGUGGCCGUCAGUAAGGUCGGCUACAAACUGCACGAGAGAUGCGUCAGACCAGCUUUGGUUGGGGUGGCGAAAUAAAUGUAAAAACAAAAAAAAAACAAAUGAAAUUCUCAAUUUAAUCCAAACCAUCACCAUUCUUCUGUCUGGACCGGUCUGAUAGUUGUUGAAGCGUUGGCGUGUCGCAGAUAUAAUUAAAAACAACUUCACUGAUUUGUUUCGUUUUAUUGUUACAAUACUUUAUACAGUAUCCACGGACAGCUAUGGUUUUAAUUAUUAAUAAAAAGGUAUAAAAGUUGCUUCCUAAAGCAAUCUUCAUAUGCUGAUCCAAGGAUCGUUCCGGUUGGUAGCGUGCAAUGUAUGACGUGCAUAAUUCGGGGUCAAUAACCUUACUAGAGUAGUCUAGUUUUUGUAAUAUUAUGAUUUAAACAUAAUUUUAUCCGACACGUGUUUGGUAACAGCUGAGUUGAGCGUGCGCGUGUUACGUCAUAUCUAGUAAUAAACUUGUUAAUUUACAAUUGGUUUUUCUGUGAACCGUGACAAGAGAAUGCGGGUACUUUGAAAAUUUUUGGCCAUCAAAAUAGUUUACAAAAAAAAUAAACGGUCACAAUCUGUUAUUGCAUUUCGUUAAUUUUUGGUAGUUUAACAUUGUUUUCUUUUUGCAAAGAUCACUAAUACGAACGUAUGUAGAUUUUUUUGUCUUUCCGGUGCGGUCGCGAUAUUUAAACUAUAUUUUUUUAUAUAGAUUCUAGUUUAGAAGUAAUUGUGAAUUUGGAAUUUGAAAACAUUGUGUUCCACUUUGUCCUUAAUGGUGAGGAACGUCACUGAGCAUCACUGAGCGUCGGUGUUUGGUUGUAAAUAUAUAAUAUUAUAUUACAUAUUCCAAGUGUGUGUUUUGUAAUAUCGCAUGUAGUUGUUCAGUUGUAGGUAAAUAAAAUGUUGAACUGUU